UUCCGGGGUGCGGCCCGCUCGGGGGGUUUCGCUUCCGGGACGGUGUUCCGGCCCGUUCCCACCCCCGGGAGCUGGGUUGUACUUCUACAACUGGGGCAGCCAUGGAGAAAAGUGGAAACAUUCAGCUGGAGAUCCCUGACUUCAGCAACUCUGUCCUGAGCCACCUCAACCAGCUGCGCAUGCAGGGCCGCCUGUGUGACAUAGUGGUCAACGUUCAAGGACAAGCUUUCCGUGCUCACAAAGUGGUGCUGGCUGCUAGCUCGCCCUACUUCCGUGACCAUAUGUCAUUGAACGAGAUGAGCACGGUCUCCAUUUCAGUCAUUAAGAACCCCACUGUUUUUGAGCAGCUCCUUUCCUUUUGUUAUACCGGGCGGAUAUGCCUGCAGUUGGCUGACAUCAUCAGUUACCUAACGGCAGCCAGCUUCCUGCAGAUGCAGCACAUUAUAGACAAAUGUACGCAGAUCCUCGAGGGAAUUCACUUCAAAAUUAAUGUGGCAGAGGUUGAAGCUGAACCGAGCCAGACUAGAACAAAGCAUCAGGAGAGACCCCCAGAGUCUCACCGGGUUACCCCAAAUCUAAACCGCUCUCUGAGCCCACGCCACAACACUCCAAAAGGGAGUCGUCUAGGCCAAGUCAGCACUGUGCUGGACAUUCGGGAGCUGAGCCCGCCUGAGGAGUCCACCAGCCCUCAGAUAAUUGAGCAGAGUUCAGAUGUAGAGAGCAGGGAGCCCAUACUGCGGAUUAACAGAGCAGGACAGUGGUACGUUGAGACAGGAGUGGCAGACCGUGGGGGACGGAAUGACGAUGAUGUUAGGGUUCUUGGAGGAGUGCGCAUUAAAACAGAGAACCUGGAGGAGUGGCUGGGAACGGAGAAUCAGCCAUCGGGAGAAGAUGGGAGCAGCGCUGAGGAGGUCACGACCAUGGUAAUUGACACAACAGGCCACGGAUCGAUGGGCCAGGAGACUUACACAUUAGGGUCAUCAGGAGCCAAAGUGGUUAGGCCAACCAGCAGUGAGAUUGACAGAUUUAGCCCUUCGGGCAGCAUGGUUACUGUAACUGAGCGGUACAGAUCGAAAAGUGAGUCUCCCGGGCGGAUGGAUGAGCCUAAGCAGCCCAAUUCCCAGGUGGAGGAGUCUGCCAUGAUUGGAGUGAGCGGUUAUGUUGAGUAUCUCCGUGAACAGGAAGUGUCUGAGCGGUGGUUCCGGUACAACCCGCGGCUCACCUGCAUCUACUGUGCCAAAUCCUUCAACCAGAAAGGCAGUCUAGACCGGCACAUGCGUCUCCACAUGGGCAUCACGCCCUUCGUCUGCCGCAUGUGCGGUAAAAAGUACACCCGCAAGGAUCAGCUGGAGUACCACAUCCGCAAGCACACAGGCAACAAGCCCUUUCAUUGCCACGUUUGCGGCAAGAGCUUCCCCUUCCAGGCCAUCCUCAACCAACACUUUCGCAAAAACCACCCUGGCUGUGUGCCUCUGGAGGGGCCACACAGCAUUUCCCCCGAGACCACCGUCACCUCCAGGGGGCAGGCGGAGGAAGAGUCUCCCCCGCAGGAGGAAGCUGUUGUGGCAGGGGAAACGGCACAGGGAUCUGUGUCCACCACUGGGCCAGAUUGAAACGGGCUGUGGGGGAGGACCCUCUUCCCGUUUGGCUGUAAGCAGUCAGCACCGAGACGGCGGGCUGGUACUGGUAUCAGUGCAAUGCCACCAACGGACGGGAUGUUGCCAAAACAGAAGAUUAACAAAAACAAAGUGCUAAAAGCUUUCCCCCUUUUCCUCAUCUCCUUGGGAAAAAACAAAACUGGGUCAAUCGACUUCUGAUUCAGGGAUCGACGGGAUUUUUUAAUGUUUUUAAUAUAUUCAAUAGCGAUCCAGGAGAAGCAGUCGUUUUAUUUCUUGACCGCAUUUUGGCUCAGCACCUCGGUCUCUGUGGUGGUGUUGGCUGUAAUGGCCCUAAUUCAGUGAGUGCAGUGCACAGGUGUCUGUCUUCGCAACAGCUGCUGGUCCAUCACAUGAGGUAGCAGGGGCAAGGAACACUUACCGUCCCCUUUUCCCAGGUAGUUGUCAUGUUAAAGAAAUCUCACUCUCCUGGUGGAUCUUGCCCUGCCUGAGUGUAUUUAUCCUGUCUUAUUUUGGUGUGUCUCUUUUAAAAUUUUAAUUAAACCAUUAUUUUAGGGCUUUCUGCUUGCCCUUUCCAGGCGUAUGGCAUUCUGCCCGCUGGUUAAAAGCAGGCAGCAACCUUUGAGCAGUAUUCUAGAGGUCAGCAAAAUCUGAAGCGCUUAGGCUACUGAAAGUAAAAUUAGCAGCUGUGAGGUUUGCAUUAGACUUGUCUACAUUUUUGGGGGAGGGGAUUUGGGGCAGGGUGCGCUUAUUGGUGCUAGUAUUAAUAGCACAGAGCAUUCCAACUUCCUGACCGGUUUCUGCACACUGCAGUGCUUCACAUGUUGCCAACAGUUAGGAAGAGGUUUCUUGUCUGGAUGAAUUGACAAACGAGAGGCUGGCUACCUAAGUCAUCUUUGGCGUCCCCUGCACUUGGUCUUACAUAACAGCAAUACUAUAUAUCGAAACAGUCCAAUCCCAGUGAAAUUAUCAUGGGUUGUUGUUUUUAACUCUGUCUCCAUGUAUUAGUUUGAUAAGUUUAUAUAAAUCAAAUGCAAAAAAAAUGACAUUAACUCCUCAUAACGGUUCAGGAAAUUCAAAGCUGUUGCUCUUACAGUAAUCGUAACUCUGUCCCUUGCACAUGUUAUAUUCCAAGUAGCUCUGAAGUUAAGGGUAAGUGUACCAAACCCAGAGAGACAUGCCUGCAUCAUGUCUCAGACAUGUUUGCACGUGCGUAUGUGUUUAUAAAUAAAAAAGCAGUGCAGGUACAUAGGUGCAAAUUCAAAAGAGCAGAUGUCUUGAUGCCCUUUUAAAAAGUCUUUAAAAAUAUGCAAUAGUUUAAGAGUUGGCUUUGGUGCUGGGUUUUAUGUAAGUGCAAAUAGGAAUGAACUACUGGUCCUACUGCUUUUGGAGCUUGGAAUUAGGGGACGCGGCGUGUCUGAAGGAAGCCUGUCUUCUGAGGGAACAUAGUGUGUGAUGUGGGAGGAUGAACAUUAGGCUGGUGGGAGGAGCAAGGAGGCGUCUGAAAAACAGUGUAAACAUUAGCACAGAAUUGGCGGACAGGAGACCUCAGUUUUAUUCCUUUCCCUCUUAGUGACUUGGGGUACAUCUACAUACCAAAAAAAGACCUGUGGCAGUGAGUCUCAGAGCCUGGUCAGUUGACUCAGGCUAGCAGGGCUCAUGCUGC